CAGGCAACUUCCUCCAGAAAGUCCUGAAUAGUAUGGAGUAUAUGGGGGCCCAUUUAGCCUUUAAAUCACGCUGGCACAAGACAGAUGAGGAACUCUGUCGACACAGCAUGUCCUUCAUCCUCCACAAGGCAAUUCGGAACGAUUUUUUCCAGAGUUAUCUCUACCUUCUGGAGCGGCUGCCUCUGGGUGAGUAAGCUGAAAAGCAGCGGCAGUGUUGAGUGGCUUGCCAGGGUAUGCUUGGCUUUUGAAAAGAAGAGCAGGCAGGGGUUUUGGACCUCUGCCCUGGAAGCCCCACCCUCUUUUCAUAUUGGUCGAAAAGUUUUCAGAGAUGUGAAAUUAAUCAAUUUAUUUGCUCUUGAAAUACUGAUUUGCAGUCAUCUUUAAAUGUGAUAUGGAUGGUAGUCAACUAGCAAAAUAAAUCUUGGCAGUACAUCUCCAAAUGUUUAAUUAUUGCUGAAGGAAGUAUCUGUGAGCUCCAUUAAUCAGUGCCACUGACCAGUUGUUAAUGGCCUGGUUGCAGAUUAAAAAUUGAUAUUGGACUACCCCCAGAAUCCAUCACCAAAGUUUGACCUGGUUCCUUUUCCCUUUCCCUUUCCCUUUCCCUUGCCUGCCUCCUUCUGUCUCUUACAUGCCCCUAUAGUUGCAGGUUGUGUUAGAAAGGUAUCGGUACAGUCUGCUUUAGCUAGUACUAUGAGUCUGUGAGUUGGUUCACACAUAACACUAAGGGCCGGUCCAUGUUUUUCUUUGCCUUGUUAUUCCCCCCCAGGAAAGCCAGCAGUUUAGCACUGAAUCAGAACAAACAGCAACUGGGUCUUCUGCAGAUGGCUGUAUGUUCUGAUUUAGCACUAAAAAACAUUUUAUUCCAUGGGAAAGCAGCAAAGGAAAAACUAAUCAGAAAUAAGUCUAGAAAGCACGGGGCAAGCAGAAAAUCGCUCAGACCCAUGUUUUCUAUGCAUGGGACGUGUAUGCGAGCCCUAAGUCAAACUCUUGGCUUAGAGCGAAUAUACCACAAGCCUGCAGGUCCCCAGAGAGGAGAUUGCAGUUGCUGAGCUUCUCCAGCCCUUAUGGUGCUAUGAGCUAAGCCAUGGUUUGGCGUCAAAUGUCAUCUGAAUCUGGGCUUGUAGUUUGCCUCCUUCAGACAAACAGAACAAACUUUGGUUACAGCUCAUGGCUUGUCUCAUGCAAGACAGACCACAAGCCCAGGUCUGGAUAACACACUGUGCCAAACCAUGAUUUAGCUGGCAACAGCGCAGCAUCAGGAGAAGCAAAGCCUCUGUUUCCUCCCUGGGGACCUCCUUGCCCACAUAUUCAUGCUAAACCAUGAUUUGCCUUAGUGUGUCAUAUGGACCAGGUCAGUGAGUAACGCCAGGAAGAAAUUAGAAUUUGCAGAGAGCAGUCGUCAGGGUCUCUUCCCACUCGACAAUUCUAUGAUUCUGCUGUGUCUUGCGUUUGAAAUUCACUUGUAUGCUGCUCGCUUUUAAGAUCUGCUAAUGUACACAGGAUAAACUGUUACUAGAGCAAAGGGAACGUGCAAGACCAGCAGCAGUGGGAGAAGACUAAGACUAAGACAAAACUUUAUUCGUCUCAUCCGAUGGCCAUAGCAACAGUAAAACAUUACAAUAUACAGUGGUACCUCUGGUUGCGAAUGGGAUCCGUUCCGGAGGCCCGUUCGCAACAUGAAAAGAGCGCAACCCGCAGUGGCGCAUCUGCGCAUGCGCAGGUCACAAUUCACCGCUUCUGUGCAUGCAUGUGACGUCAUUUUGCACAUCUGCGCAUGCACGAGCGGUGAAACAUGGAAGUAACCCUUUCCGGUACUUCCGGGUCGCCGCGGGACCUGAAAGAACGUAACAUGAAGCGGACGUAACCAGAGGUAUGACUGUACACAGAAAAAAGGAAAUUUAGUAUAAGAGCAGAGUUUAGGGUCCUGAAUCAAGAGUCAGUUAGUGGGCCUUAUCCUGAUUGCCCCUGCUAAGAACCUAGCAACCUUUGAGCAGUGGGAGAAGCUAAGAGGUGAUACUGGACUCAGCUACACGGGCAAAGAAAAAAGCACUUUCUAUGCGUUGUUUAUGCAUUCUAACACUGUGACCCCAGAUGGCGCUGUGGAGUUCCAUUUUUGCCAACCUGAUUUCUCAUACAAAGUUUAAAACGCAUUUAAUUGAAAUGCUUCUUGGAUGUGUCCAUAUCCAGCCAUUGUCCGUUCCCAUGUGUCCACAGCAUUUUUGAAAGUCCAUGGCUAAUGCUGAUACAUAUAGAAUCAUGGAACUGUAGAGCUGGAAGGGACCCCAAAGGUCAUCUAUGUGAUACAGGAGUCUCAACUAAAGCAAACAAAACAGAUGACAGACUCUCCAAGUGUCCCUAUUUUCCAGGGACAUCCCUGAUUUAGAGAAGCCGUCCCGGUUUCUGAUUGAUCCCAUAAUGUCCCACUUUUCCUUAGGAUGUCCUUAUUUUCAUGGACAGAAUGUUGGAGGCUAUGGAGUUAUCUAACCCCUGAGCUGUCUGAAGGCAAUCCUGUAUAGGGAAGGAUUUUUUUUUUAAAAAAAUGCUUAAUAUUUUAUUACGUUUUAUAUAUGUUGGAAGCUGCCCAGAGUGGCUGGGCCAACCCAGUAAGAUGUGUGGGGUAUAAAUAGUAAAAUUAUUGUGGAAUGGGAUGUCCCUAUUUUCACUGGAGAAAUGUUGGAGUGUAUGAGAUGACCUUCCAACUUCUGCUUAAAAACCUCCAAGGAAGGAGAGUCCACAGCCUCCCGAAGGAGUCUGUCCCACUGUCAAACAGUUCCUACUGUCAGAAAGUUAUUUUCCUGAUGUUUAGUCCUUUCUUGCAAUUUGAAGCUAUUGGCUCGUGUCCUACCCUCCAGAGCAGGAGAAAACAAACUUGCUCCAUCUUCUAUGUGACAACCCUUGAGAUACAUGGCUAUCAGAUCUCCUCUCAGUCUCCUCUUUUCCAGGAUAAACAUGCCCAGCUCCCUCAACCAUUCCUGAUCAGGCUUGGUUUCCAGACCCUUGAUCAUCUUGGUCCUCCUCCUCUGUACACGUUCCAGCUUGUCCACACCCUUCUUAAAAUGUGGGGCCAAAAUCGGACACAGGACUCCUAAGUGUGGUCUGACCAAGGCAGAAUAGAGAGGUACUAUGACUUCCCUUGAUCUGGAUGCAUUUGUUGCUGCUGCAUAUAGCAACAUUGACUGGGUUCUCAUAGGAUCUGCAGUCAAGACACAAGACACCAGGUUUAAGGUGCUGGCUUUGACCUUUAAAGCCCUUUGUGGCUUAGGGCCCUCAUAUUUAUGGGACUGCCUCUCCUGGUAUGCCCCACAGAGGACUUUAAGGUCCAUGAAUAAUCAUAGUUUAGAGGUCCAGGGCCCUAAGGAAGUCAGAUUAUCCUCCACCAGGGCCAGGGCCUUCUCAGUGAUCGCUCCGACCUGGUGGAAUGCUCUGUCCCAUGAGACCAGGGCCCUGCAGGAUUUAACUUCCUUCUGCAGGGCCUGUAAUAAAGAGCUAUCCUACCUGGCUUUCAAUUUGAACUUAGCCUGAUCUUUUACUCCCCUUCCUUCCCUCUCCCUCCCGUUUUUUAUGAAGAUUACCCGCUCUGGGAUCCCACAGCUAAUUCUUCCCUGGUCUCCUCGCUGGCCCAAAUAGGACUAAUUUAGCCAGCUAGCCCUGGUGAUAAUCUAACGUUUAUUGGAUGGAUUUCCCCCCUAAAUUGAUUUUUGAAUUCUGAAUUUAUUGUUAUUCGCGUUUUAUACUGUAUUUUAUGCAGUUUUUUGUUGCAUCAAUUAAGUGUUUUAAAUUUGUUGUUAGCCACCCUGAGCCCGGUUUCCUGAACCGGGAAGGGCGGGGUAUAAAUAAAAAUUUAUUAUUAUUAUUUAUUAUUAUAUCCCAUUCGGGACCCCUAGUUUGCAUGGACGCACACCACUGUUCUAGUGGUACCUACUACAUCCUGUACCAGGCUCUGCAAACAGCAUUAAAGUUCCUUUUCCUUACAUCAGGGAGAAGGACUAGAUGCAUUGUCUAGUAAAAAUGCUUAACACAUUUGCAGAGCGAACCCCUGUGGUGCAAGAUCUUGUGAAGCUAAACACCCAGAAGCUUGGUUGCAAUAGCUGUCACAUACCUCUUAAAUAUCUGAAGCACAGUCAGCACAGAACUGUCAUUCAUGCAGCGAUCAUGAAGCAAGCAAAGGAGAAACUUUGUAUACCAAACAAUUUUUAACAAUGACCGCUCCCCGCAUAAAACGGGGGCCACCCUUUGCGUGGACGCACGCAGCCCCUGGAUCUGGAACAGCUCCAUCAACACAGGCUUGGCUUCACCUUCCCCCAGGUGGGAUACCUGAAGGUCUCUGCCUACCUCAGUCAGUUGUCCAAUCCCGCCUGGGGGAAACGUUGCCAAGGAGACCAGGCCAGGUAGGGGAGGGACUACCUGCCCACACAAUAGAGGGAGGAUCAUACCUGGGAAUCCUCACUUGGCUCCAGACAAUUUUUAACAAUAACUAGAACAUUUUGAAUUAUGGAGCUGGAGGAGACUGCAAGUCCCCUCCCAUGGACUGCAAGAAGAUCAAACAUAUCCAUUCUUAAGGAAAUCAGCCCUGAGUGCUCACUGGAAGGACAGAUUGUGAAGCUGAGGCUCCAAUACUCUGGCCACCUCAUGAGAAGAGAAGACUCCCUGGAAAAGACCCUGAUGCUGGGAAAGAUGGAGGGCACAAGGAGAAGGGGAUGACAGAGGACGAGAUGGCUGGACAGUGUUCUCAAAGCUACCAGCAUGAGUUUGACCAAACUGUGGGAGGCAGUGGAAGACAGGAGUGCCUGGCGUGCUCUGGUCCAUGGGGUCACAAAGUCAGACACGACUAAACAACAACAGAACACCAGAUUUGUAUUCAGCUGCGAUGGAGACUAGGGGUAGUUGUCUCAAUUUGAAGGCAGACAUGUCACUUUGUGAACGGUGGACAACCUUGUCACUGUCCUCCAAACUCACUUACUUCUUUCUUUUGUUCUGGGAUGAGCUUUGAAGCAGGUGGGGGGGGGGGAGUAGGUUUUCUGCAGGUUUACAGCAUGACUCCUUUUUCAUGUCAGCAGAAAUCUGCAUGUCGUGGGCAUCCUAGUAUUGGCUGAGGCUUACGAUAUCACCAACCAGAAUGCAUGGAAACACUGUUUACAUGCCUUAAAGCAAAAGUUCAUUUUUUGUUUGAAAGAUAAACAUAUGUAUACAAAAUAAAUGAGCAUGUGUUGCUUUUAAAAUGCUUUUAUAAGAUGGUAAAAGGUAAAGGAUGGUUAAGUCCAGUCAAAGGCGACUAUGGGGUUGCGGCGCUCAUCUCACUUUCAGGCCAAGGGAGCCAGCGUUUGUCCACAGACAGCUUUCCGGGUCAUGUGGACAACAUGACUGAACCACUUCUGGUACAACGGAACACCGUGACGGAAACCAGAAUGCAUGGAAACACUGUUUACAUUCCCGCAGCAGUGGUACCUAUUUAUCUACUUGCACUGGUGUGCUUUCGAACAGCUAGGUUGGCAGGAGCUGGGGCAGAGUAACGGGAGCUCACCCCGUCGCAGCGAUUCGAACCGCCAACCUCCUGAUCAGCAAGCCCAAGAGGCUCAGUGGUUUAGACCACAGCGCCACCCACAUCCCUUAUGAGAUGAGCAGCCUAUGUGGGAAUGUGGGGCAUGUCUAGACUUGCCUAUCAGAAGCAGGUCAGGGCCAAUAAUUGAUUAUCAUGGUAUGUUCAUGUGUAACAUAAGUUGAGAUGCUAUGUCUAUGCCAGGGGUCAGCAAACUUUUUCAGCAGGGGGCCGGUCCACUGUCCCUCAGACCUUGUGGGCAGCCAGACUAUAUUUUGAAGGGGAAAAAUGAACGAAUUCCUAUGCCCCACAAAUAACCCAGAGAUGCAUUUUAAAGAAAAGGACACGUUCUACUUAUGUAAAAACACAUCGAUUUCCGGACCAUCCGCAGGCCGGAUUGAGAAGGCGAUUGGGCCGCAUCCGGCCCACGGGCCUUAGGUUGCCUACCCCUGGUCUAUGCCAUGGGCAAAAAUCUGACACAACUGCUUUUACAAUACUCUAUCUACACCCGCAAAGUGGCAUGGCAGUGUGAUUGCUGUCCAUUGCGCACCUAUCCCACUGUCAAUUUCUGUAAACAAGUUUUGCAGCGUUUUUUGGUAGUGCUUGCAAACCCGUGAAGCCUGUUCAAGUGGAGGCAAAGGUGGCAGAACAUAAAUGAGCUGCAAUUGUGUCUCUAUCAUACCACUUCCACAACUUUCUCUCUCGUGCCUUUGAGGGUUUUACAGCUGUGCUGCAGGCUACCACACCCACUCCACUGGAAUGGUACUCAAGAUACAGAUAAAAUAUAUCAGAUGCUAUUUCCUUUCCGCAGGUCAUAUAGGGCUAUAUAUGUGUCAAGAGACAGAAAGAGAAGCUCCCAGAAUUGCACAGCAAGCGUUACAGCCCAGUCACCACAACCAGGGGAAUCAUCUGCCAUUGUUUGUUUCCAUUUGCAAAAUUGUUUGAGGCAGAGGAUGCAAAAAUAAAUCACCAGGGGGUGUAAAAACAACCCCAGGUCUGACCUGUGCUGAGUUCAGCACUCACUUGCAGCAUACAUCUCUCAGGCAUAACAUAAAUGUGUAAUGGAUUAAAGGUUUAAUAGUAUCCGCUCAGCAGUUGUCUUAAGCAGGUGAUGACAAGGAGGGCUGGGAACAUUGCUUUUGUUGGAAGGAGCAACAGCCCAGGCAUGUUGUUUAGAUGAAACUUAAGAGCCCUAUUCUCACAGUCUGCCUUGCUGUGAAUUAUUCCCAUUACGUUUUCUUGAUGCUUGCAAGGGACGUCGUCAUUGUUAAACUGUGCAGUCCCACACUUCUGGAUUUGCUGUCAGUAGCAAACUUUAAAGAAAAUAAAACUAUAAAUGACCAAUUAAGAGUGCAGUUGGCUUUCUCACAAUGUAUGUGUUAGCAAAAUCACUUGAAUAAUGCAGAGGGAGGCCAGAGAGAAAAGGAAUCCUGAUAACACUUUACUGAGGAAACUGAACACAAAAGAAUGCAAUUUGAGGGGAAAGGAACAGAGAGGCUUUCUCUUUCUUACUUUAAACCUUGUACAAAGCAGGGAGACAUACAACCAAAACACAGAGGGGAAAUUCCCUCAAAACAACAUAGCCAAUCAGGGUACAUGCUGCCUCAGUGAAGAUCAGACCACUCUGCCACUCUACCAAACAACACAUCUACCCUUUCCUCUUGGUUAGCUGACUCACCAACAACGAAAUUAACCCAUAUAACAUUAUUGAGCUUCUGCAUCAAGGAGCCUUCUCUAUGCACUGAGACUCCUUGUUUGCCCACAUUUGAACAUUAUUUAGCUGUUAAUCUCUAUUUUCAUCGGAGAAAUGUUGGAGGGUAUGACACCAAUACCUCAAGGAGUGCCUCUCCUCACCUGAACUAACACAGACCUGGAGCCCUGCCCAGGUGGGUGGCAGCAAGAUCCUUUUGGUUCUGCAGCCACAACCGCCAGAGAAGUAGCAAAGGCAUGCAAGGACGCCCCUGUCUAUCCUUUCCAGAUCUGCCUCCCCCCGGCCCCAGCUCUCUGCAACCUGCCUCUUGAGGCAAUUUACUCAUUGAGGUUAAUGGUUGGGCCGGAUCUGCUGCCUUCUAACAAGAAGUAAUUUGAUAUAUACGUAUUUAAAAAUCAGUUUAUACAACUGGGACAGUCCACAUGCAGUUAUUGCUUUUGUCUCUUUGCAGUCAAACUUUAUGCUCUGACAAGCGAAGUCAUCAACGGUGAGAUGCAGUUCUACGCCAGAGCCAAACAUUUCUACAAAGAGGUGCCAGCAUCAGAAGAAGGCAUGAUGGGGGAUUUCAUCGAGUUGUCCAACACAGAUAUUGAGUCCUCCAGAGAAUUUCUUAAGAAUUUUGUAGGGGUGAGUUGUGUCUGUCUUUGAAGUUCACAUCUCUUGUUAUAAACCCCUUUGGUUUUAUGAUGAUGCCUCCAUUUUGUGCAAGAGAAAUAUGGAGACCACAUUCCUCUUGUCUUUUUGAGGGCUGUGUGUGUGUAAACGUCUUUGAGGGAAAGUAGCCCACAAAUUUGAAACUUGCAUUUGGAAGUGCGUUGCUCAAAUCCAGUCAGCCCUGGUGAGGAGAAUUUGGUCUUAACUGGCUGUAUACAUGUUUGCUGAGGGUAAGGACAGGAAAUCACAUUUUUCCAAUGACAAGAUAUUUCAUGACUCCUUGCAAAAAAGCAGUGAUGGCUUUUGUACAUUUGUUCCGGUCAGCCAUGACAAUCUGCAACUCUUUAUCUCAGAGACUUGAACUGGUUGCACUCUUUCCUGGGUAGCAGUUUUAUGUUCCUUCAGUGCGUUUCUCAUGCCUUCCACCAGGUGUGGCAAUGCAAUAAUAUAAUUCGGCUGUCCUGAGAUGCCUGACUGUCAGUAUUUGGUUAAUUUUUAAAGAAGGAAUAGACCUAUAGGAAGGAAAAAUAACUUUUGGAAAAAAACACACCACUAAGCCUGGGACUCAUUUAAGGAAAAGUUAAACAGACUGGAAAGAUGUAUCUCAGACAACCAGUUGAUUUAUUUAUGUAUUUUAUUACAGUUCUCAAUUGCCUUUCUGCAAAAAAUUAGCCCCCAAAGCAAUGUACGAAACCAAUAAAAGACAUUUAAGCAAACCAAAUUUAAAACCAAUUAGAAAUACACUGCAGAAUAGAAAUCAAUCCAUGUUAAGUAUAAAGGCGAUUUUUAAAAUGACAACUGAAAACAUUCACACAGAUGACAGUAUCGAAAUCCUCCAGUUGUCUGGCAGAGCAGCAUGGAAAUGUGUCCCCCUCAAUGUUGAUGGGCUCUCGACUUGCAUUAGCCUCAGCCAGGAAUGCAUAAUAUGCUCGGCAAUAUUUGGAGAGCCACACACCGCAGUCUCUGCUGUGAUUUACUCCCAAAGCAAAAAACAAACCCUAUGUAAGUGCCUGGAACCCCUGAAAUCUCACACCACUCAGAGACAGGGGUGGCAUGUAUCAGUACAGUGGUACCUCGGGUUACAUACGCUUCAGGUUACAGACUCCGCUAACCCAGAAAUAGUACCUCGGGUUAAGAACUUUGCUUCAGGAUGAGAACAGAAAUCGUGCUCUGGCGGUGCAGCGGCAGCAGGAGGCCCCAUUAGCUAAAGUGGUGCUUCAGGUUAAGAACAGUUUCAGGUUAAGAACAGACCUCUGGAACGAAUUAAGUACUUAACCCGAGGUACCACUGUAUAAAAAAGCCGCUUGAAAGUAACAAAACUUUUCUGAGAAGAUGUCAAAAGGUCCUAAUCUACAAUAUCAAUCAGAAAUAUCUGGGGAAAAUAAUAAUUUAGUUGUAGAGGUUUGUAACUCCUCAGUGGCGUUGGAGCCAGAACAAGGAUUAAGUGUAAUAAAUUUGGUUAUUUGUUUGGUUAUCUUAAACAGCUCUCAAGUGGUACUUAAUCCUUUCACUCAGUCACCGUGUUCACUGCGACUUUUAGCAACGAUCAAACUGUUUGUUCAGUGACUUGAAAGCAGUCACAUUUAUAUGGUUGCUUGUACAGCAAAAAGUUACGAAUUUAAUCAACCCGAAAUUCCAAAGAGCUACUCAUUACGUAUUUAGAUUUCAUUCUCAUGCUAUGUUGUCAUUUCGUGAUUCCUUGGAGCCAAGUCACAUCCGGCACCAGCGCAUAAGGCUGCACAUGCAGCAGAGCCAUAAAAUAUGGAUGGCUUUCAUGAGUGCAGCCUUCUCACACAUAGACUCCAGUUCUUGCUCAAGGUAAGAGCAAGCAUAGGGACCAAGUGACCAAGCCAGGAAGCCAAUGGUUUUUAUUAAUCUUGCCACUGCCAGGAAUUUGAUAUGUGACCUUAAGCAAGCCAUACACUCAGCUUCAACUCCCCAAUCUGUGAGAUAGGGGUAAUAAGUCACACUUACUUUUAGGGAUGGAAGGAUGUGUUGGCCAAUUUCUGUUUCUCUGAGUUUCUCAUUUUUCCAGUCUUCAGUUCAGUUCUCCACAUUCCCACAUCAGUUUAUGGGGUGGGGAUGGGGAGAAUUCAUUAGCAUUUUUGUGCAGAUUUCUCCAAUAUACACAUUUGUGUGCAAUUUUGUCUACUAUAUACAUUUUCACAAAGCAAUUUUCCUUUAUAUGCAUGCUUGUAUGUUAUUUUAACUAACACACUUUGCCCUAGUGUGUGCAUUUUUUGUUGUACACAUUGCUUGGCCAGAGAACUGCACUACAAAGAUUCAGAGAAGUGCAAAUAUUGAAGGACGGUUGUGUUUUGGCCCACUCGUUGUUUCAGAAAGGGCAAAUUAGGUAGAUUUGCCUUUAAAUGAGAACUAAAUCAAAUUUCUCCUCCAUUCCUCACCUACACUGCAGCGAUGUUUACAAAAAGAUAACAUACUUGAAGAACUUUGUGAAUUAGAACGUGACAACAAAGGUCCGUAUAGUUAAAGCUAUGGUAUUCCCAGUAGUGAUGUAUGGAAGUGAGAGCUGGACCAUAAAGAAGACUGAUAGCUGAAGAAUUGAUGCUUUUGAAUUAUGGUGCUGGAGGAGACUCUUGAGAGUCCCAUGGACUGCAAGAAGAGCAAACAUAUCCAUUCUUAAGGAAAUCAGCCCUGAGUGCUCACUGGAGGGACAGAUCCUGAAGCUGAGACUCCAAUACUUUGGCCACCUCAUGAGAAGAGAAGACUCCCUGGAAAAGUCCCUGAUGUUGGGAAAGAUGGAGGGCACAAGGAGAAGGGGACGACAGAGGACGAGAUGGUUGGAUAGUGUUCUCGAAGCUACCAGCAUAAGAUUGACUAAACUGUGGGAGGCAGUGGAAGACAGGAGUGCCUGGCGUGUUCUGGUCCAUGGGGUCACGAAGAGUCGGGCACGACUAAACGACUAAACAACAACAACAUAUAAAUACAAAAUAUAAUUACCACGAUUCUCUGUUAGAGAAGGGAGGGUGCUCAGUUCAGACUGCCCUUCCUUUCCUGUGUACAACCUACAUGCCAGGUUUGUAUGUGAGUUUAGCUCUAAGUUUUAAUAAAGUUCUGUCUCCAAAACUGCCAGCAGUUUCUCUUUGAAACCUGUGACAUAAAGCAUGGGUGCAAUCUAUGGAUGGUCUCUCACACAGUAACAUGAACCAUAAGCACCAGGAAUGAGUUAAGUCUUAAUUCAUUAUUGGCAUUGGUGUUGUGUGUAUUUUUGGAGCUUGGCAUAAGGUUCAAGGAGAAUAUGACUGAGAGCUACCCUAAAUGAAUGGGGACCAAGGAAGUGCAAACUUCUGGUGAAGAUUUCAUGGCUGAAAUAGGUGGCUACACUGGAGAGACCUGUCAGGAGUAAACAUGGACCAAUGGUACCAAAUAGUAUGGGAAACAGCCCUACUAGAAAAAUUAACUAAUAAACUGAAACUGACACGGGGACAAACAGAAGAAGACGUCUUCACCCUGGUAUGGCUCCCCUUUAUCACAUACACAGCCCAACGGGACAAUGACAAUAAUCCACCAACAGCAUACAAAUCAAUAUGGCUAACCUGAUCCAAAACACCCACCCACCUCACUCACACACGAAAACAAAGAUCACCACAGCCAAUCACAAGCAGACAAUCACACCCUAGGCCAACCCCAACCUCUCUCACCACGAAAGGAACACAAGUGAACAACACAAGCAACGCUGACACCAAACUCUACAUACAUUAAACAUAAUAGAAACACCGCCACCCGACCCCACCCCCAUCCAUCUUCCCUCUCUCCACCCCCCUUUCUUUUUUCCUUUUUUUUCUUCUCCCCCCAAUGCCUCAACAAAUGAAAUGGAUUUGUAAAAAUGUUACAUGAAAAAAAUAUAUAUACGAGGCAGUACACUUACUUCUGUAAAACAAGAAAAUCCUUAAUAAAAUAUUUAAUAAAAAAAAAAAAAAGAAAUAGGUGGCUACAAAUCUAUGAUUCUAUGAAUUUAAAACAACAACGGCAACUGGUGCUUCUGCCCUGCCUUAAAUCCCUUCCCAGUUUCCCAGAGUCUCAACUCUAUACUGCUUAUCAUAAAUGUAAAUGAAAAAAUGAAAAAAUGUAAGUGAAAGCUGAACUCCUGUUCCCAACACUGUCUAUUCAGUGAGUGUGCUUAAGUGUAAAUUAAAAUGACUCCACGUGCUCUGUUAUUCAGAUGGAUUUGCAUGCCUAUUCAGUUGAUUCAUAACACCUGAAAUUUCUUGUGUCUCUGAAAUUCAUCAUAGGAUGUUUUAUACAAAAUGCUCUGCAUUGUGAAUAUAAUUGGAAGUGUGGAACCAUGUGGGAAUAGGCAAAAUCAGAGUUUUAAAAAAUGCUUCCCUCUCGCAGCAUAGACUCCUUGAAAAUUGCUGAGGGUCUUUGUAGCCGUAGCCAUUGUCAUGUGAUAGAUGCCCUGUGAGUUUUGACUGGUUUUUUAAAAUUGCUUUCCAUUUGUUCAUAUGGUGUUUUAUCGUACUGCAACAACUUGAAUUUGGUAGAAUUCACACCGAAUGAUCCCCGCUGCUGUGCUUGCAGCACAGAACAGCCAAGUCUGUGUGUAUUCUCCAUAAGUGUGUGCAUGCACAGUGCGUACACCCACUUUCGGCUGGGGUGCAGCUCUUAGAUUUAACAGGUUAGCCACUCCUGAGUUAGAGACUUUGUGUACUUCUAAAAUGGGAUCUUGUCCUAAAGGUGAUAGUAGACAUUCAAUACAGCCGGUCGUUUCGACAAUUGCUGCCUCUGGCAUGAAAACCACCUGUUAUACCUAGAAGUUUGAAACCAUGCCAAAAAAUUGCAAGUAGAUAAAUAGGUGCCGCUCUGGCAGGAAGGUAAACAGCGUUUCCGUGCGCUGCUCUGGCUUCACCAGAAGUGGCUUAGUCAUACUGGCCACAUGCCCUGGAAAAACUGUCUGCAGACAAACACCGGCUCCCUUGGCCUGUAAAACGAGAUGAGCGCCGCAACCCCAGAGUCAUCUGCAACUGGACUUAACUGUCAGGGGUCCUUUACCUUUUUUUAUACCUGCUUGAGGAUUUGACAUCUGCUCCCAUGACAUCUGUGCGAGAACAAAGGACUCUUCUUCUCCUUCUAAAAAAAGUAAAUUAAAUUGUGUUGCCUGCUUAUGUUGAGGACAGCACCAGCGGCAGAGCAAAGUGGGAAGGGGCAGAAUGCCCACUGAGCUCAUUCUACAAUUACUCUUUGCAACCAGGGAUAUUUAUAGCUAUGACACUGUCUGUUUGCCCCUGGUUUGACCUUAAUAAUCUGCUGAAUUAAACACUGAAGCACAGCCCAAGUAGAAAUGGCAUAUGGGCACCUGACAUGAUUUACAACUAUUAGUAAUGUUAGAGGGAGACUAUUUAGAGCCAAACUCUGCCCUACGAUAGCUCCUAUAUAUGUGGCGCCAAUGGUUCGGAGGAGACUUUAACUUCAUCGCUCCUGGGGUAUCGUGGAGCAACAGGGAAGUCAUUUCCAUGUGAAUCUGUUGUUAUUCUAUAUAUCCCCACAGGGUCAAUCGGGGGGGGGGGGCAGCUAUAGGGGGCAGAAAGGGUUUCAGCCCCCUUGAAUAAGGCAUGGGGAAAGUAUAUAAUGUAUUGCAAACAAUUACACACAUUAGUGGGAUUGGCAGAAACCUUGUAGUAAAAAAACUGAAUUACGGAUUGAUUAAGGCUUUAUAAUAAUUGGAAUUUUUGAGAAGAAGCAGAGGGAAAAUAAUAACAUACGAAUCUAUAAAAGGUGGGGGGAGGGAAGUCAAAGGGGAUAUCUCAUGGGUAGGCAAACUAAGGCCCAGGGGCCGGAUUCGGCCCAAUCGCCUUCUAAAUCUGGCCCAAUCACCUUCUAAAUCCGGCCCAUGGACGGUCCUGGAAUCAGCGUGUUUUUACAUGAGUAGAAUGUGUGCUUUUAUUUAAAAUGCAUCUCUGGGUUAUUUGUGGGGCAUAGGAAUGUGUUCAUAUUUUUUUAAAAAAAUCAAAAUAUAGUCCGGCCCCCAACAAAGUCUGAGGGACAGUGGACCGGCCCCCAGCUGAAAAAGUUUGCUGACCCCGGGAUAAGUUGUUUGUAUUCUGUUUCUUUUUGUCUUUUGUUUUUUGCUUUUCGGUUAUUGUUUGCAAAAUAGAAAACGCAAAAGCAAUUUAUUUGUUUAUUUUUUUAAAAAGGAAAGGGUUUUGUAUCUGGUGUGAAUGCUUUGGGCAAUCCACUGUUUCUCUUCCUUGCCUCUUUCAACAAUAACAGAAGGACAAUACUGGCCUUGCAAGAUGUCCGUGAGGUUUACUGAGGUAAUGAAUGUGAGAGGUCAGAGCACUCAAGCGCUGUUUUUCAUGCUCUCCGCAGGGGCCUGGCAAAGCGGGCACUGACUUCGCUCUUGACUGUGGCUCAGGAAUAGGGAGGGUGAGCAAACAUGUCCUUCUUCCCUUAUUCAAGCACGUGGAGCUGGUGGACAUGAUGGAUGUUUUUCUGACAGAAGCUCAGAACUACUUGCAGGGUCAGGGAGAAAAAGUCGACAUGUACUAUUGCUGCAGCCUCCAGGAAUUCACGCCAACGCCUAGGAAAUACGACGUCAUCUGGAUCCAGUGGGUUUCAGGUCAGUUCUGCCAUUUGGUCAACCACGUAAAAACGAGUGAGCAAGAGAAGCUAUGGGAAGGGCACACAACUGGUCAUCUUUGCGAGUGACACAGGAUAUGCAGCAGCGAGGGGCUGUCCACGCUUCUGCUCUCCCUGUACCUAGAAAGCAUGGGUCAAAGUGGUUUUCUGCUUGUCUCAUAUGCUUUCUAAGCAUGGGUAGGAGCACUUUUGUCUCUGCUUUCCCCCUGAAAACAUGCUCUUUAGUGCUGAAUUGGAACAAAUGGCAACCCACCACCAUUUGUUCUGAUUCAGCACUAAUAAUAAUAAUAAUAAUAAUAAUAAUAAUGAUAAUAAUUUAUUUCUACCCUACUCUGGAUGGCUUACAACAAAAGAUUAAAAAUACAUUAAAAUAUCCGUCAUUAAAAACGUCCCUAAACAGGGCUGCCUUCAGAUGUCUUCUAAAUGUCAUAUAGUUGUUUAUUUCUUUGACAUCUGAUGGGAGGGCAUUCCACAGGGCAGGCGCCACUACCGAGAAGGCCCUGUGCCUGGUUCCUUGUAACUUCACUCCUCGCAGUAAGGGAACCACCAGAAGGCCCUCGGAGCUGGACAUCAGUGUCUAGGCAGAACGAUGGGGGUGGAGGCGCUCCUUCAGGUAUCCUGAGCCGAGGCUGUUUAGGGCUUUCAAGGUCAGCACCAACACUUUGAAUUGUGCUCGGAAAUGUACUGGGAGCCAAUAUAGGUCUUUCAAGACCGGUGUUAUAUGGUCUCGGCGGCCGCCCCCAGUCACCAGUCUAGCUGCCACGUUCUGGAUUAGUUGUAGUUUCCAAGUCACCUUCAAAGGUAGCCCCACGUAGAGCGCAUUGCAGUAGUCCAAGCGGGAGAUAACUAGGCCAUGCACCACUCUGGCGAGACAGUCUCCAGGCAGGUAGGGUCUCAGCCUGGUUACCAGAUGGAGCUGGUAGACACCUGCCCUUGACACAGAAUUGACCUGCACCUCCAUGGACAACUGUGAGUCCAAAAUGACUCCCAGGCUGCGCACCUGGUCCUUCAGUGGCACAGUUGCCCCAUUCAGGACCAGGGAGUCCCCCAUAUCCACCCGCUCCUGUCCCCCAAGAACAGUAAUUCUGUCUUGUCAGGAUUCAACCUCAAUCUGUUAGCUGCCAUCCAUCCUCCAACUGCCUCCAGGCACUCACACAGGACCUUCACCGCCUUCACUUCACGCUGUCGAGACUACAUAACACUGGUCUUGAAAGACCUACAUUGGCUCCCAGUACGUUUCCGAGCACAAUUCAAACUGUUGGUGUUGACCUUUAAAGCCCUAAACAGCCUCGGCCCAGUAUACCUGAAGGAGCGUCUCCACCCUCAUCGUUUUGCCCGGACGCUGAGGUCCAGCACCAAGGGCCUUCUGGCGGUUCCCUCAUUGCAAGAAGCAAAGCUACAGGGAACCAGGUGGUGGGCCUUCUCGGUAGUGGUGCCUGCCCUGUGGAACGCCUUCCCAUCAGAUGUCAAAGAGAUAAACAACUACCUAACAUUUAGAAGACAUCUGAAGGCAGCCCAGUUCAGAGAAGUUUUUAAUGUGUGACAUUCUAAUGUAUUUUUAAUCAUUGUUGGAAGCCGCCCAGAGUGGCUGGGGAAACCCAGCCAGAUGGGCAGGGUACAAAUAAAUUAUUAUUAUUAUUAUUAUUAUUAUUAUUAUUAUUAUUAUUAUUCACUGGUUCCAAUUUACAAGAGAGGAAGGGCAGCUUUCACUGGGCAAGAGGUGGUGCAAACUUAGGUGUGAAUAAGCCCUAGGCAUCAGUGGACCAAAUGUCCUCUGGCUACAUCUCUCCAUCUUUCCUCAUACCUUGUAGAGACCAUGGCCACACACUGCAUCACAGGCUGCAGGUACAGAACCAAGGCCUACUGAACAAGAGUUUAUAUCUAGAAGAUCCAACUCAGUGCACUUGGUAUAAGACACCUUCCCAUUUUCCUAACAAAACUCCCUGUGUAGUCAGUGCUUACAGCACAGGGAUGUGGUCCAAUACUGCCCUCCACGUUUCUCUAUCUGGGUCACACCCCUUGACAACCCUUUUCUGGACCCACCUCCAAUGUAUUUGUCUCCUUGGAAUGCAUCCUUGAACUGCAAAGCAGUCUUUUGCAUGAGGACAGCCUUGCUUUUUCUGUCCAAUUCCUCUGGAGAGCAACAAAAUGCCAUCGAGACUCAUUCCUCUAAAGGGGACUUGCUCUUUGAGUGUUCAAAAUAUGUAGUGGCAAGGAACCCUGCAAACCAGCUGCUUAGAAUGUGAGUCACUGGAUAUCCUAUUGUAGAAGUUUUUAAAUGAAAAAUGGGGACAACAACGACAACUACAGAAUAGUUGCAAACCUUGCAUCACCUCAUAAUUUCUUAGUCCCAUUUCAUCUGAGAUCUGGGAUGGACCAGAAUUUACAUGUCCAUGCGUCCCUAACCAAAGUGUGCCACAGUGAAGAAGUUGUGGAGUUUGCACAAUAUUAAGUAUAGUUAUUUGUUAGACAUUCCUGGAUGAUGCUAAGCAAGGGUUUUUUUUCCCCAAUCUACUCCUCUGAUAACUAGCUUGCCCCCUGCUCUCUCUUUUCUUUUUUUAUUUCAGAAAUCAGAGAUGUAAGGCAGUGCUCCCCCCCAAAAAAUAAUUACCGGUACUUUGCCCCUAUUCUAUGCCUUGUGGCAAUAUUGUACAAAAUUUGCAAUAAUAAAUAUUGCAUCUACACCUUAAAGAACUUAAUACUGUUGCAAGGCUGAAGCCACCGUUCCAACAAAAAGUAUAGCCCUGUUCUGUUUUGACCUCCUGCAGGAAACCUGACAGAUAAGGAUUUACUGGGGUUUUUCAUUCGCUGCCAGGAUGGUUUGAAGGAGAACGGCAUUAUUAUUCUCAAGGACAACGUGGCAAGGGAGGGCUGUGUCCUCGAUCCGUUGGACAGCAGUGUCAUCCGAGAUCUGAACAUCCUCAGUAGUCUUAUUGAAAAGAGCGGCCUCACCAUCCUGAGACGGGAAAAGCAAGAGGGCUUCCCUGAGCAGUGUGUACCAGUAUGGAUGAUAGCCAUGCAGAAGAAUCCUAUCCAUAUGAGAAAUGGGAUGUUGUAAGGGCCAUUGACAUAGGGCUGGAGUUCAGGGCAACAAAGUGGGGGGAAUUGAAGUAGUGUUUCCAGACUGUAUUUCUCGUUGUAAAACAGCAGCGGCACUCCCAGGUUUUUCCUCUGCAGUUUCCAUGGUUUUCGGAGCUCAGAAGAAUGGUUGUCCUUCUUUUUAUUGCAAUGAGUGUAGAGGACCCAUCAAACAGCUGUCCUAACCCAUGCAGUGUGAUAAUGGCUGCAAUAGCAUCUACUCUAGCCAUUUCCUUCUCUGUCACUUGCCUCUCUUCUCUUAGAAUCAACUCUUAUCACGUUAACCCUUCUCUUUGAGAGCCAGUGUGGUGUAGUGGUUAGGAGUGGUAGACUCCUAAUCUGGGG